CCCUUUCUGAGAGUACGGAACACACACACACACACACACGCGCUGAAGUACAAAAUAACACACUGUAACACACACACACUGUCACCGAGAGCCGUUUCCGAUGAGCUGACUCCCAGUCAUCAGUGAAAACACCAUAAAACUCCUGAAAUGACACGCGUGUGACAGUUUUCCCAGGACUCAUUCUGUCACAAAGUCUGCAAGAUCCUUCAGUCAAAGAACGUCCGGCGUUCAGUUUUCGACUCGUUUCUCUUCACCUUGUACCCGAACCUGCACAGAAAACCAGUUUCACUUCACAUCCAAUAAAAAGGUCUCCUUUGGCUUGAGGAAGAGACACUACUAUGUGAGCAACAAACCGGUUGAAUUCUUCUUGUGCUUUUCCUGCUUCACAAAUUCCCCCAGUCGAAUCAAACAGAUUGCGUAUGAAAUGGAGAAGUGUCACAGACCCAAACCAUCAGGAGAUUAUAGGCCUGUAUAACAGCACGUUUCACCUGAGCGACCCGUAAGAGCGUGUAAAACUCAUCCGUCUGCCGUCUGCCGCCGCUGAACCUGCGCUGGCGAGCGAGGAUGCUAGUGCCGGGCCGCGGCCGGUGACGAUGUACGCGGCGUCCGGGAUGACGGAGUGCAAGGCGGAGGUCACGCCGUCGGAGCGAAACGGCCACCGUGUGUUUAGCUACACGCUGGAGAGCCACACGGCGGCCGCCUUCGCCAUCAUGAACGAGCUGCGGAUGGAGCGCCAGCUGUGCGACGUCACGCUGAGGGUCAAGUACAACGAGCUCCAGGCCGUGGACUUCGUGGCUCAUAAGGUGGUGUUGGCGUCAUCGUCGCCGGUGUUUCGUGCCAUGUUCACCAAUGGGCUGAAGGAGUGUGGGAUGGAGGUGGUGCCCAUCGAGGGGAUCCACCCAAAGGUCAUGGGCCGGCUCAUCGAGUUUGCGUACACGGCGAGCAUCUCUGUGGGGGAGAAGUGUGUGAUUCACGUGAUGAACGGGGCCGUCAUGUACCAGAUCGACAGCGUGGUGAAGGCCUGCUGUGAUUUCCUCGUGACGCAGCUCGACCCGAGCAACGCUAUCGGCAUCGCCAACUUCGCCGAGCAGAUCGGCUGCACAGAGCUUCAUCAGAAGGCCAGAGAGUACAUCUACAUGAACUUCAGUCAGGUGGCGACGCAGGAGGAGUUCUUCAACCUCACUCACUGUCAGCUAGUGACGCUAAUCAGCCGCGACGAGCUGAACGUGCGCUGCGAGUCCGAGGUGUUUCACGCGUGCGUGGAGUGGGUUCAGUACGACCGCGAGAACCGGCGUCCCUACGUUCAGGCGCUUCUCCAGGCCGUCCGCUGCCACUCGCUCACGCCGAACUUCCUGCGCCGGCAGCUCGAGCACUUCGAGUGGGACGCGCAGAGCAAAGACUACCUGUCCCAGAUCUUCCAGGAUCUCACGCUGCACAAACCCACCAAACUCAUUCCCUGUCGGACUCCCAAAGUCCCGCAGCUCAUCUACACGGCGGGCGGAUACUUCCGGCAGUCACUCAGCUACCUGGAGGCGUUUAACACCUGUACGGGCGCGUGGCUGCGGCUAGCGGACCUGCAGACGCCGCGCAGUGGGCUAGCGGCGUGUGUUAUUAGCGGUCUCCUGUACGCGGUGGGCGGGAGGAAUAACGCUCCGGAUGGAAACAUGGACUCAAACACGCUGGACUGCUACAACCCGAUGAAUAACUGCUGGCUGCCGUGCGCGCCCAUGAGCGUCCCGCGCAACCGUAUCGGUGUCGGCGUGAUCGACGGGAUGAUCUACGCGGUGGGCGGCUCGCACGGAUGCCUACAUCACAACAGCGUGGAGAGGUGAGAUGUUUUUGAUGUGUUUAAUCUUUUAUCUCUUCCACACUAAACAAAUCUCUUUGGCUGUAACGAGACCCUCGUGUCACGACUCAAUACAUAUCACGAAACUGAACUCACGAUACCAUAUUAUUGCGAUACUCCAAGAAAUAU